AUGCCGUGCCCCUUCCGUGCUCUGGCCAACCCACAUGCGCGUCUCAAGGGUGUCACCGGGGUAGACGACAUUCUUGAAUCUGGCGCCGUACGCCUUGAAGCGGCGGGGAUUGCUGCCGCCCAGCGUCUGCAGCAGACCAUGUGCGACUAUGAUCCAGGUGCCGAGCUGCUGGGGAAUAGAUCCCUUGAAGCCGGCACGCUGGCUCAAGGCCUCGUCCGCGUGGGAGGGGGGGGGGGUGAGGUUGUAAUUACCGCGGAGCCGGUACAAGAGCGCCGCCGCCGGGGCCGUCUAUCCGUCGUCCAUGAGGAAUUACCGGCUAGAGAGCCGCUUUGA